AUGGGGCUGCCCAGGGGGCCGGAGGGCCAGGGUCUCCCAGAGGUAGAAACAAGAGAAGAUGAAGAACAAAAUGUCAAGUUAACUGAAAUUCUGGAGCUUUUGGUUGCAGCUGGGUAUUUCAGGGCAAGAAUUAAAGGCUUGUCACCUUUUGAUAAGGUGGUAGGAGGAAUGACUUGGUGUAUUACCACUUGCAACUUUGAUGUAGAUGUUGAUUUGCUCUUUCAAGAAAACUCUACAAUAGGUCAAAAAAUAGCUCUAUCAGAAAAAAUUGUCUCUGUUCUGCCAAGAAUGAAGUGUCCACACCAGCUGGAGCCUCACCAGAUCCAGGGGAUGGAUUUUAUUCACAUAUUUCCCGUUGUUCAGUGGCUGGUGAAGCGAGCUAUAGAAACAAAAGAAGAGAUGGGUGACUACAUCCGCUCCUACUCUAUAUCCCAGUUCCAGAAAACCUACAGCCUCCCUGAGGAUGAUGACUUCAUAAAGAGGAAAGAAAAGGCCAUCAAGACAGUCGUUGACCUCUCAGAUGUUUACAAGCCCCGUCGAAAAUACAAACGGCAACAGGGGGCAGAGGAGCUACUCGAUGAAGAAUCUCGAAUCCACGCUACACUUUUGGAAUAUGGCAGGAGAUAUGGAUUUAGCCGCCAGAGCAAAACAGAGAAGGCUGAGGACAAGAAAACGGCACUUCCUACAGGGCUCUCAGCUACAGAAAAAGCUGAUGCCCAUGAGGAGGAUGAGCUUCAAGCUGCUGAAGAGCAGCGUAUUCAAUCACUGAUGACCAAGAUGACCGCCAUGGCAAAUGAGGAGAGCCGUCUCACCGCAAGCUCUGUGGGCCAGAUCGUGGGACUCUGCUCGGCUGAGAUCAAACAGAUUGCGUCCGAGUACGCAGAGAAGCAGUCUGAGCUGUCAGCUGAAGGAAGUCCAGAAAAAUUAGGAACCUCUCAACUUCAUCAUCGGAAAGUCAUUUCCUUAAACAAGCAGAUUCUGCAGAAGACCAAACAUCUGGAAGAGCUGCAGGCAGAUCAUACCACUCUACAAGCCAGAUACGAUGAAACAAAGAAAACACUGACAGAGUUGAGGAGUCACAGUGAGAAACUGGACAAGGAGCAGGCAGCCCUUGAGAAGAUAGAAUCCAAAGCUGAUCCUAGUAUUCUGCAGAACUUGAGAGCACUUGUAGCCAUGAAUGAAAACCUAAAAAGCCAGGAACAGGAGUUUAAAGCACAUUGUCGAGAGGAAAUGACUCGGCUCCAGCAGGAUAUUGAAAACCUGAAAGCGGAGAGAGCUCCAGGCGGAGAAGUAAAGACCCUCUCCAGUGGAGAGCCAAAUGAUGCCCUCACCCCCGUGAUGACUCAUAAUGAAGACCUAGACAGACGAUAUAAUAUGGAGAAAGAGAAACUUUAUAAGAUCCGUUUACUACAGGCUCGAAGAAAUCGAGAAAUAGCAAUUCUGCAUCGCAAGAUUGAUGAAGUGCCCAGUCGAGCCGAGCUAAUCCAGUAUCAGAAGAGAUUUAUUGAACUCUAUCGCCAGAUUUCAGCAGUGCAUAAAGAAACCAAGCAGUUCUUCACUUUGUAUAAUACCCUGGAUGAUAAAAAGGUUUAUUUGGAAAAAGAGAUUAGCCUGCUGAACUCAAUUCAUGAGAACUUCUCACAAGCCAUGGCUUCCCCUGCUACCCGGGACCAGUUUUUACGUCAGAUGGAACAGAUCGUCGAAGGAAUUAAGCAAAGUAGAAUGAAGAUGGAAAAGAAGAAGCAAGAGAACAAAAUGAGAAGAGACCAGUUGAAUGACCAGUACUUGGAACUAUUAGAAAAACAGAGGCUAUAUUUUAAGACUGUGAAAGAGUUCAAGGAGGAGGGCCGCAGGAACGAGGUGCUGCUGUCCAAGAUGAAAGCCAAGGCCUCCUGA